UCGGUGAGCCGGACAUCGAUUGGGAGGAAACCCUAUAUCUGAAUGUAAUUAUGCAAAAGUUUGAGUACAACAUGACGUGCGCUGUCUGUACGCGAACGAGUCCUCAUGAGUUGCAAAUACUCAAAAAGCAUACCCAAAAAGUGUUCGCUUCUCCCAGUCGUCGAGCCAUGGAUUGUAAGGGAGAUAACGAACAGAUUUCAUAUCCAAACAUAUUCUUCACUGUCGAUAAUUAUGAUGAACUUUUAUCGGAAAUACUCGUGAGAGACGGAGAAAUGGUUUGCGUCGAGUUGUUAGCCAUUGAUAAGACGGGAGACACCAAAGGAAUUAUAUUUCUCGGAUCCAUUCAAUACCAGGCCAUCAAACGUGUGCACGACGCCAGAGCGAGUGUCUCGACCCGAAUCGCUCGGCGGACACCAAAGCCCUACUUUCAGGGACAGCAACGCAUAGAAUUUGUGCGAAUGAAAGGUCCGGCGGGUAAAGGGAUCGCCGAAAUGGCUGUCGCCAAACAGGUGGGCGCCACGUGUGAGACACCGACUUCAGAGCCCGGCUUCUCGUUGACUAGUUUUGAGUUCGAAGACGAUAUGGAGGUA